CAGAAUUCCAGAAUAUACUUAGAUCCGGCAGGGCCUGUCGCACAGUCAUUAGUCUGCUGUACUUGAACAAACCAGGGCUUAAAAUGAAACAAGCUUGGAAUUUCACUCUGUUUUUCUAGAGAAGCCAAGUUUUGGGGAUAUUAAUCAUGAGAGAUUUACCACACAUUCCACUUCUUUCUAUCUUCACCAUGGCUGCUUUUGGUUUGGCGGAAAGACUCCCCAAAGCUCCUUUCAUUACCACGCCCCUUGAAACACUUGAUGGAUUAGUGGAAGACGUUGCCACUUUCAUGUGCGCAGUUGAUUCGAAUCCGCAGUCAGAAAUAACAUGGACACGUAAUAACAUUCCUAUCAGGUUGUUUGACACACGUUACAACAUUCGAGAAAAUGGCCAACUCCUAACCAUCCUCAGCGUAGAAGAAGGUGAUGAUGGUGUGUACUGCUGCCUGGCUAAAAAUGGAGUGGGGGAUCCUGCAGAAAGCUGUGGGGCUUUGCAAGUGAAAAUGAAACCAAAAAUUACUCGUCCACCAAUGAAUGUAAAGCUUAUAGAAGGAGUAAAGGCUAUCCUACCUUGCAAUACUUUAGGAAACCCAAAACCUUUUGUUACAUGGAUGAAAGGCGAAAAUGCUGUCAAGGAAAAUGCUCGCAUCUCCAUCUUAGAUUCUGGCAGCCUGAGAAUUCAGAAAGUACAAAGAGAAGACCUAGGCCAGUACCGCUGUGUGGCCAGGAACAGCCUCGGCACUGCAAUUUCCAAACCUGCAAUGCUGGAAGUGGAAGUGCUUGCCAGAAUCAUAAAGGCGCCUGAAUCACAGAAUGUUACAUUUGGAUCAAAAGUGUCUCUGAGAUGUACAGCAGCCGGCAUUCCAGUUCCAUCCAUCAGGUGGUUUGAAAAUGGAAAAGCUGUUUCACCAGAGUCUAUUGAGGACAAUAUCAAAGAUGGGGUCAUUUUCUCAAAGGUGCACAUUUUAGCAACCAGGCCAGGACUGUUUACUUGUAUGGCAGACAACAAGCACAGUGGUAGUUUUGGCACUGCAAAAGCUGCAGCAACAAUUAGCAUAUCAGAAUGGAGGCUUUACAAAGGAGAUACAGGCUACUGCAGCACCUAUAGAGGGGAUAUAUGCAAUGCUAUGCUCACAAAGGAUUCAUUGGUUUUCUUUAAUACGUCUAAUGCUGAACCAGAAGAGAGCCAGGAGAUGCUCGCUCAGACAGCCUGGAGUGAACUGAAAACAGUCAGCCCCCUUUGUCGACCUGCAGCUGAGACUCUUCUGUGCAACCUCUUUUUCCGUGAGUGCAACCCAACAGGAGAUGGCCCAGUUCCAAAGCCAAUAUGCAGGGAACAUUGUCUUGCUGUUAAAGGACUUUACUGCUAUAAAGAAUGGCUAUCCAUGGAGGAACAGUCACGCAAAGGAAUUUAUAAGCCUGGCUUAAUGCUGCAGACUCUUCCUGUCUGUGAGAAGCUUCCCAGCCUGCAUGACAACCCGUUGGCCUGUAUCAGAAUUCCAUAUUUUGAGUUGAAUAAGGAAAAUAUUACUAAAACAUGUUACAAGGGUAACGGUGGAGAUUACAGAGGAGAUGUCAACAUUACAGCAUCAGGAAUCCCUUGUCAGAAAUGGAGUCAACAGGUGCCUCAUCUACACGAGAAUAUCUUAAAUCUUUUCAAAGAGCAAUCCAGUGAAGAAAAUUAUUGUAGAAACCCAGGAGGAGAAUUUGAACGUCCUUGGUGUUACACAACAGAUCCUAAUGUUCAAUGGGAAUACUGCAACAUUCCAGUAUGUAGGACAGGUCCUCCACAUUUACCAACAACAAUAAAAACAGCAUUUGAGGUGCCACUUAUGCCAUCAUCAUCUUCAUCUUUCUAUCCAACACAUUCAAUGACUGUUAUCAUAUCAAUAAUAUCCAGCUUUGCCUUGACUUUACUGGUAAUUGUUGCCCUUGUUUGCUGCCGAAGACAAAAAAAGUUAAAAAAUAUAAACAGGGAAUCAGCACCGACUCUCACAGCGCUUCCAUCAGAACUUGUGCUAGAUAGAUUACAUCCAAACCCCAUGUAUCAGAGAAUGCCUCUCCUCCUCAACCAUAAGCUCAUAAGCCUGGAAUAUCCCAGGAAUAAUAUUGAAUAUGUCCGAGACAUUGGAGAAGGAGCUUUUGGAAGAGUGUUUCAAGCCAGGGCACCAGGUCUCCUUUCCUAUGAACCAUUUACCAUGGUGGCUGUGAAGAUGCUGAAAGAGGAAGCUUCUGCUGAUAUGCAGGCAGACUUCCAGAGGGAGGCAGCACUAAUGGCAGAAUUUGAUCACCCCAACAUUGUAAAGCUUCUAGGUGUGUGUGCUGUUGGGAAACCGAUGUGCCUGCUUUUUGAAUAUAUGGCCCACGGAGAUUUAAAUGAAUAUUUGCGUCAUAGAUCACCACGAGCUCUAAGUAGCCUAAGCCACAGUAGUCUUGCUGCAAAAGUCAGGCUCUCAGACCUGAAUCCAUCACCUCUUUCUUGUACUGAUCAACUACAUAUUGCCCGUCAGGUGUCAGCAGGAAUGGCCUACCUCUCAGAAAGGAAGUUUGUACAUCGUGACUUGGCCACCAGGAACUGUUUGGUGGGUGAGAACAUGGUGGUCAAAAUUGCAGAUUUUGGUCUUUCCAGGAACAUAUACUCAGCUGAUUAUUACAAAGCAAAUGAGAAUGAUGCCAUACCAAUCCGCUGGAUGCCUCCAGAGUCCAUAUUUUACAACCGUUAUACAACAGAGUCUGAUGUUUGGGCUUAUGGUGUUGUUCUGUGGGAAAUAUUCACUUAUGGCAUGCAGCCAUACUACGGCAUGGCUCAUGAAGAAGUCAUCUAUUAUGUUAGAGAUGGAAACAUUUUGUCAUGUCCGGAAAACUGUCCACUGGAAUUGUACAAUCUAAUGCGCCUCUGCUGGAGCAAUAUGCCCACUGAUCGCCCUAGUUUUGCUUGUAUCCAUCGCAUUCUGGAGCGUAUGUUUGACAGAGCUGUUUCUGCCCAAGUGUGAAGGAUAUGUGUUCCAGUGUGGCAUAAUACUUCCUUUAGUCCUUAUAAAAAAAUGCAUAGUCCUGCCACUUAUCAUGGAUGUGUAACCAUUAUACA